AUGCAAUCUUUUGAGGAUCUCCAAGCAGGGAAAUACAAAGGAACAAGACGGCUGAAGUUAUCAUGCGACCUCGUUGAGUUUCCCCGGGCGAUCUUGGACUUAUACGACACCCUCGAGAUCCUUGAUCUUUCCAAUAAUCCUCUCUCCACACUUCCCAAAGACAUUCACCGACUUCACAAACUCAAGGUCGCUUUCUUCUCCGACUGCAAUUUCACCAUCUUUCCCAAAGAAUUGGCUCAAUGUCGUCCCUUAGAAAUGAUUGCCUUCAAGAAUAAUGGCAUGACUAUAAUCUCCGAAGGAUCAUUUCCACGCAAGUUACGUUGGUUGAUCCUUACCAACAAUAUGAUUGAAUCUUUACCCAAGAGUGUUGGACACUGUCAUCGUCUUCAAAAAUGCAUGCUAGCAGGAAAUCGACUGACCACUCUCCCUGAUGAAAUGUCCCAUUGCCGAAAGUUGGGCUUACUAAGACUAUCAGCUAAUCUCAUUGUUCAACUACCCACUUGGCUACUCAGUCUUCCCGAGUUAUCAUUUCUUUCGUUCUCCGGAAAUCCCUGUACACCCUCAAAGGAAGACAAUCCGAUAUUGCACGAUAUUGCCUGGUUGGAUUUAAGUAUCGAUCAGCUUCUGGGAGAAGGUGCUUCGGGUAUAAUUUCAAAGGGUGUGUGGAAGUCACCAACUUCCGAAAAGGAAGUCGCUGUCAAGUUGUUUAAAUGCGAAGUGACCAGUGACGGUGUACCUGCAGACGAAAUGAAUGCAUGUAUUGCCGCCGGUCGUCAUCCGAAUCUCAUUGAUCCGAUCGGCAAAAUUCAUGGCCAUCCAGAAAAGAGAGGAUUGGUACUCGAGCUCAUCCCUCCUCAUUAUACCAAUUUAGGCCUUCCCCCGACUCUUGAUAGCUGUACCCGUGAUGCGUUUCAUCCAGAAACCUUCUUUUCAGUCGAGAAAUGCCGCACCAUCCUAAUAUCUAUCGCAUCAGCGAGUAUGCAUCUCCAUGAGAGAGGAAUCACCCACGGAGAUUUGUACGCGCAUAAUAUCCUGAUCGAUAGCUCUGGUCAUGCAAUUCUUGGGGACUUUGGCGCAGCGACAAUUUACCAGAAAAAUUAUGAACAUUCAGAAGCAAUUGAAAAGAUGGAGGUUUUUGCAUUUGGUCAUCUGAUUGAAGAUAUGUUAGGUUUGGUCGCGCGAAAUGUUGUUGCUGGGGAAGACGUCAAUGUUUGGGAUGAGAAAGAAGGUUAUGCGACUGAGGAGUUGAACCAAUUGCAUUACAAGUGUACCAAUCCUGUUGUUCUGGAUAGACCUUUAUUUUCUGAUGUUUAUAAGGAGUUAUAUGCUUGA